GAGAGGAAAAAGGAAAAGAAAAAGGAAAUGAAAGGAAAUGAGAAGGAAAGGAAGGGAAGAAAGGAAGAAAACAACUCUGACUGUGAACUGCUGCUCAAGGUUCUUGAUUCCCAACACAACUAUACCAAAAGUCCAUGCUCUUGCAAGUUUUAGGCAGCUAUUUGAUUUGUUCUCUGGAUAGUUACAUACAUAAAAACACCGCCAUUCAAUAUGAAAUCUUAAUAAUUCAUGAUUUUAGUCUAGUUUCUCAAAAGAUCCCAGAGAAAACGAGUGGCAUUUCUUCUAUUUUGUGUUUUGUCUGAUCUAAGUGCUCAAACUAGGUGUCUGCGUUGGGAAAGAAAAGCAAUGUACCAGUGUCAGUCUUUAGGACAGCCAUAGAAACCACAGAGCAGCAAAACUAAAAGCAUAAAAAUUCAGAUGCAUUCCCUUUUACCUUUUGGCUUAAAGCUAUAAAUGAUCCCCAUUUUUUAAAGUGUGUAACUAAAUAGUAUUUAAAGGUUCUCACACUUUAUUUUUUAUUUCAUUUUUUUAAAUUUUUUGAGAUAGAGUCUUACCCCAUGACCCAAGCAGGGGUGCAGUGACACAAACAUGACUCACUGCAGCCUCAAUCUCCCAGGCCUAAGGAGUGGGCCAGGCUUGUCUCAGCCUCCCGAGUGGCUGGGACUACAGGCACAUGCCUUCACACCUGGCUAAUUUUUUCGAAAGGUUCUCACAUUUUAAACAGUAGUUCAGUAGUUCGCUGUUAGAUCAAACCACCAUCAGAAUUCUCCCACUCUAAGUCCAUGUCAGUUUUGGAGAAAACUUAGCAAAAGGGGACAUAUGCUGUUCACACAUUGUUUGUUUGUUCUUCGAGACAGAGUCUCACUCUGUCACCCUGCCUAGAGUGCAGUGGCAUGAUGUUGGCUCACUGCAACCUCCACCUCCCAAGUUCAAGCGAUUUUUGUGCUUCAGCCUCCCGAGUAGCUGGGACCACGUUCACGGCACCAUGCUUGGCUAAUUUUUGUAUUUUGUGUUGGCCAGGUUGGUCUUGAACUCCUGACCUCAAGUGAACCACUUGCCUCAGCCUCCCAAAGUACUGGAAUUACAGGCAUGAGCCACAAUGCCUGGCUUUUAAUAUUUAUUAUUAUUUUUAUUUGUCUUUUGAGGCAGGGUCUCACUCUGUCAACCAGGCUGAAGUGCAGUGGUAUAUUCACAGCUCACUGCAACCUCCACCUCCCAGGCUCAAGCAAUCCUCACACUUCAGCUUCCCAAGAAGCUGGAAUUACAGGUAUGUGUCACUACACAUAGCUGAUUUUUUGUAUUUUAGUAGAGAUGGGGUUUCACCAUGUUGGCCAGGAUGGUCUCAAAUUCCUGAUCUCAAAUGACAUGCCCACCUCAGCCUCCCAAAGUGCUAGGAUUAUAGACAUGAGCCACCAUGCCUUGUCUGUUUACAAAUAUUAAUGUCAGGAGUUAAACCUUUUCAAGUCCAGCCUAUGAUAAAAGACUAAUACUUCCUACUACUUGCAUGGGGUUCACUAUUUACUCUUGUGAUGGGAAUAUCACAGGACGAUCACGACUACACCACUUUAAACUGUACAGGUAGCAGUUCACAACUUACUCCUGUGCGUUUAGAUGUACCUGGAAGACCUGUAUCUGUUAGUGAACGUUGUUUGCUAUAAUGGAGGAGAAAACAAAAUUCCUGCAUCUGGGCCUUUGACUGAUCAUUCAAAGGGUUCCUGUUACCUGCUCUCCCUGUUGCAUAUAUCUGUCCACUUGGAAAAGUUUUAAUCUGGGUAUUUUUAUAUUAUACAAAUUCUUAACUGGCCUAUCUCCUUUAAAUUGUAUAUAUAAUUAUAUCUGACAUUAUCAUAACUACUGUACAAUCAAUAACAUUCCUAUAAGAAAUCCUGCUUAAAGAAAUAUCAUGCUGAAGGGUGAACCUAUAUCCCACGUUAGCUGGUAGUCACAUUAUAUGAUGGUUAAAAUAAAUAUAUUUUAAUGAACUAAGUUGAAUAAAAGCAAAAUUAAAGGCCAUAAAAAAGUAGAUGCCCAAUGUCGAAAGUGGUGCCAUGUAGGGGGUGUUUGGAUUAUGGGGGUAGAUCCUUCAUCAAUGACUUUGUGCCUUCUCUCCAGGUAAUGAGUAACUUCUCACUGUAUUACUUCUCAUAAGAUGUGAUUGUUCAGAAGAGCUUUGAACCUCCUCAUUUCCUGCUCCUUCUUUCACCACAUGGUCCGCUGGCUCCGCUUCUUCUUCUGCCAUGAUUAAAAGCUUCCUGAGUUCCUCACUAGAAGCAGAACCUGGUGCCAUGCCUCUUGUCCAGCCUGUCGAUAUUUUAACCAAGUAAACCACUUUUUCUUUCUAACUUACCCAGCCUCAGAUAUUCCUUUAGAACAAAGCAAAAUGGACUAAGAUACUUCCUCUCCUGGAUAAUGCCAUUAUGGGCAUGUUACGGUUUGAUGUUCUAGGUUUCCUGUUUUGGGGUUCCAUGGCUGAGCAAGACCCCUUGUUUAUGAACGUGAAUUCUUUUAAAGAAUUAGCAAUGUAGCAUACACAUAAAAUGGAUAUGCCUCGCAAUAAAUAAUAAAAAUAAUAACUGGACACCUAAACUCAGAGUAAGAUAUAAAUAAUGCCCCCAAUUUUUGAAGUUGCACCUUUCUCAGAUUUCAAUCUUCGUCUCUUUUUGAAAGUUAGUCAUUAUCCUGAAUUGUGAAUCCAUUACUUCCUUGAUUUUUUAAGUGACGGUAUUUCAUAUGAAAACAAUAUAGACUUGCAAAAAAUUGAAAUACUUGACUAUCCUCAUUAAUUGUGUUUUCACUCAUCAUUGUGUUAAAGAUUCAGCCAUGCUCACCUAUUCAAUUUUAGUCUAUUCAUUCUCGCUUCUCAUAUUAUUUCAUUAUUUAUCCAUGGUAUUUUUGAUGGCCUUUUCAGUGGCUUUCAGUUUGCUGUGCUAGACUUUACACGUUGCUAUGAAUACUCUUCUACAUAUCUUUCUGUUACUAUUGGCCUUGGAACCAUCCACUUUCUUUAGAAGACUGAAUACUUCAAUUUUAAUCAAUUUUGCAUUUACCUUGCAACUACUCUGAGGGAACCUUUUGUUUUCCUCAUUCUGGCAUUCUUAGUCAGCAGUUUACUGUAGCCCUUUGAAAAUAUACUGAAAUCAACCUUAGAUAAUUCAUUGAGAGAAACUAUUAAAUUAACAGAGUAAUGCCAUUUAACUAUCUCUGUAGAGUUGUUUUCUGUUCCCUAGAGGCCCGACAGAAGCCCCUAACAUAUUUUGGGAAAUAUGUAAAAGAUUUUCAUAGGUGUGAUAUCACAUACUUUAUGUUUUUCAUAAAAUCGUGUUGGUGUUCCCUAAGUAUCUUAAAUUAACUCUGAAUAAAUAUAUAGAAUCUCUGGUGGAAUAAUAAGAAAAAAAGGAAGUACUACUUCCAUCUCAAAUAGGUGAAGCAAUUACUCAUUUCGAUGUCCGUUUUCAAUUGAUCAGUUGAUUUCAGCCUUCACUACACCGAAGGUCUAAACUCUUCUCACUAAAGGAGUCUGCCAGAUUUAAUAAAUAAAAAUAGAGGACACCAUAUUGAAUUUAAUUUCAGAUAAAUAAUGAAUAAAAUUUUAGUGGCAAUAUAUCUAACGUAAUAUUUGAGAUCUACUCAUACUAUAGAAAAUAUUUAUCCUUUAUCUGAAAUGCAAUUAACUAUGCAUAUCAUAGUUUACCUGGUAACAGUAUAUCGAUUCUAACAGUCAGAGCGCUCAAGUUUUCCCUCAAGCUUUUCAAUUGGAGAUCAUUCUUGUGUGUCAAAAAGUCACCAGUCGUGGGACACUAAGUUGAACUUUCGUUGUUCUGGCCUACAUCUUCAUUUCAUACAGUACAUUAUCUUCAAGCAAAACACUGAGUGGCUUCUAAAACCUAUUUUCCCAAAGGAGGAUCACUUUUGCUCAUGGUUCUCUGAUAAGAACAUUUUCCAAGGUGCAGCAAGUUUCAAUCUUCAAAAACCCACAGCUACUCAUGGUGUAAGAUGUCCAUGGGGGUGGGGCUCUGGGCCUGGAAAAACUAGAGCAGUCUGCAUGCCGCGAGGAGGUGAGCGGGUAAGAAGCCUUUUGAACCUCACAGGCUCCCGUACUGACAAGUGCUUUGGCAGAAUCCUUUCUUGUUCCCUUUAGCCAAUCAGAUUGCACCUUUUAGCCAUGCGCUUACUUCCUUCGCAACCAUCAGUCCGUACGGCAGGCCAACCAUCUUGCCUGCGAUUUUAGGAGCGGGAUUUUCCAGCUCCAGAUUGGCCACGGCAUACAUCUUACGAGAUGUCGCACCAAGAGGGCAGCGCAGAUGGCUUACAAGACUCAGGGAUUGAAACCCUGUUCAGCAGCCCAGAGGAGCAGUCUGGAGUGGCAGCAGCGACGGAGGCCUCCUCAGACAUUGAUACAGCGACCUUAGAUAUGAGUAUGAGAAUGACUGGAGAUGGCAGUGAUACCAGUGAUGGUGGUUUCCCAAAGGGUUCCAGCACAGAAAAUCGAAGUGCUGACCAAGAAAGUUCAAGUGAAGACGUCGAACUUGAAAGCAUGGAGGACUCUGAGCGUUUCCUCACGCCUGAUGUAAGACUAUUCUAUUACAAUUUACUAAGAGAGGACGAGAUAGUAGAGGAGGAAGAGGAAGAAAUAGACGAGGAGGGAGAAGAGGAUGAAGAACAGGCUCAGAUGUGUCCACGGUGUGGUGGUACCGACCAUGAGCAGUGUUUGUUAGAGGAUAGGGCGCUGGAGGAGUGGACUUCCUCAGAGACAUCUGCCCUGCCGCCACCUCGCUGGCAGGCCGUUACUGCUCUUCACCAACGGCAGCUGGGUUUAAGUACCCGCUUUGUCUAUGAGGCCUGUGGGGCAAGAGCCUUUGUGCAGCGUUUCUGCCUGCAAUAUCGUCUUGAAGGACAUACGGGUUGUGUCAAUACUGUACACUUUAACCAGCGUGGCACCCGGCUGGCCAGUAGUGGUGAUGACCUAAGGGUGAGAGUGUGGGACUGGGUGCGGCAGAAGCCAGUAUUGGACUUUGACAGUGGUCACAUUAGUAAUGUCUUACAGGCCAAGUUCCUUCCUAACAGUGCUGACUCCACCCUGGCCAUGUGUGCCCGCGAUGGGCAGGUACGGGUAGCAGAACUAAUGAAUGCAUCAUGUUUUGAGAGUACUAAGUGUGUGGCCCAGCACAACGGAGCUGCCCACAAGUUGGCUCUGCAGCCAGACUCUCCUUAUAAGUUCCUCACUUCAGGUGAAGAUGCGGUUGUCUUCACCAUUGACCUCAGACAACACCAGCCAGCUUCAAAAAUUGUGAUAACAAGAGAAAAGGGGAAGAGAGUGGGACUAUAUACAAUUUCUGUGAAUCCCGCUAAUACCUACCAAUUUGCAGCGGCUGGACAAGAUCAGUUUGUCAGGAUUUAUGACCAGAGGAGAAUUGACAAGAAAGAAAACCACGGUGUACUCAAGAAAUUCACUCCUCAUCACCUGGUUAAUUGUGAUUUCCCAACAUGCAUCACCUGCACUAUGUACAGCCACGAUGGCACGGAGCUCUUGGCCAGCUACAGUGAUGAAGAUAUCUACCUCUUCAACUCCUCUCACGGUGAUGGUGCUCAGUAUGCAAAGAGAUUUAAGGGACACAGAAAUAAUACCACAGUCAAAGGUGUUAAUUUCUAUGGCCCCAGGAGUGAGUUUGUCGUGAGCGGUAGUGAUUGUGGGCACAUCUUUUUCUGGGAAAAAUCAUCUUGCCAGAUCAUCCAGUUGUUGAAGGAUGACCCAGAGGGUACAAUAAACUGUCUUGAACCCCACCCUUACCUACCUAUGUUGGCAACCAGCGGCCUAGAUCAUGAUGUCAAGAUCUGGACACCCACAGCUGAAGCUGCCACUGAACUUACUGAUUUAAAAGACGUGAUGAAGAAGAACAAGUGGGAACGAGAUCAAGAAAAUUUUUACCAUGCUACCUUGUUUGACCAGUACAUGCUUUGGUUCCUCAGGGGCCAGCUGUCACAGAGAAAUCAUCACCAGGGCUGGGGAGCCAGAUUCCCAGGAGAAGAAUCGGAUGAGUCUUCCAGCACCUCACAUACAUCCGAGGAGGAAGGCCAAGACUGAGUGCCAUGUAUACCAUCCCAAAGGCCUCACACCCAGUCAAGCUAGAUGCCACUUAAGUAUGCUGGAUUUUACAAUGCAGUUUGACUAAAUUAGAAUUGUCAAUAGAUUAAUAGAUUUGCUUUUUGUCUUCUGCUUUCCACGAUUCGCACUGAAAACCAUCUCUUCCAUUCUUUCCUCUCUCCUUUCUUCCUUCCACACAUUCCUUCUUUCUCAUUUCUUUCCUCAUGGUUUCCUUAUGCCUCUUUUGUUACCCCUUAUUCUUACGUGAGUGCAUACACAACUUACCUCUUUUCCUUUGUUCCCUAAUAGUUGACCUCUAAAAUUUCCUAAUUUUGUUUAAAGAAAUUAAUAGCCUUAUUGGAUGCAUCUACUCAAUUCUGACAUUCUGGUAACGAUGACCGUUUUACAUUUUUACAUCUUUAACAAUUUUUCUGAAGAUCAAGUUCUUCAGUUGACCUGAAAAUUUCAAAAAUAUGUUUCUUCUUUAGAAGUAAAAUAACACAAACUAUAGUUUUGCUCUGUUGAUGCUGACACUUGGCCACACACACACAGUCUGAGAGAGGGAAAAGAUGAGUAGUGUGUAAAUUAAUUUCUAAUCAGAUAAUUCAUCCCCUCAGAAUAAACAAUGUGAGAUUAUCUACAUUUUCUGAAUCCAUAUGUUAACAAUUUUGAAAUAUUUGGGUACAGCGUAGCUGGUAAGAACUAAAUUAAGUCUGAUCACAUGACAUCAUUUUCUCUGUGCAUUAAGUGUUCUUGAAGUGUUACGGUUGGGAACUCCCAAAGGGUGACCUUCCAGGAAGUCCUCCUGGAACAGCCAUUUCCUAUAAAUGCCAGCUACUGGUAUAAAAAUCUCUCAUAUUUGAAAAUACAUUUUAAUUAACUUUUAAGAACAAGUUGCUGUAAAAAUUGUUUAUGCUGACCCAUAACCAUUUGGUGUAGUUGGUAGAAAAAUCCUAUUUGACACGCUCACAUUGUUUAAAAUUCUCUUUGCUGCUUAAAUUGCUUUAAAAAUUCUUUUAAGCCUUAUUUAAUAUAUAUUAAAUAAGGAUACUGGAUGUCCAAUUACUGACCAAUAAAUAUAUUCAUCUUUAUUUUGUAUGUGUCAUUUGUAUGAAUGAAUUAAAAGAUCACCUUUCCCCCAGCACCCAUGAACCAUGCCGCACCAUUCGUUGCCGUCUUUUCCUGGAAAAGAAGGAUGUAAUGAAACAUCCUGUGUCUUGACAAUGGCUUUUCUUUGGUAAUACUUCUUGAGAUAAGUAUUAUCUCUGUUUCUUUGGGAAAAUAUAAUUUGCGUAACGAGAUUAGAAUUUCGGAUGGAACACAACUUGACUGAAGUUUGUGCUCACUGAGAUCCAAAGCUAGGGACAACUGCCCUGGGGUCUGGGAGCCUCAAGAAGCCCCUAUCAAGCUCUGCUGUCAGGAAAGGAUCCUAAGAGUUCGAAAAGAGAAUUUAUAGGCAUAUGAAGAGAGUUAUAAACUAGAAUUCCAAGUUUGGGCCCCCUGUACAACUUCAUGGGAUGCAUACCAGCAAUAAUAUUAACAAAACAUUAAAAAAAUCGUUUGGGAUUCCAAGUGACACCCGGUGUCAGUGUGAGCAAAAGUGAAAGCAGAUAAAUUAUGCAGUUAUUUUUCCACCUGCUGUUUGGAAGGUCUGCCUCUGUGGGGGAUUUAUAUUCUGCUUACUUAGCUAAACUAAAAGUUUCCUCCAAGUUCCCUGAAUGGGUCCGAGAUUCCUUGUGAUACAAGAGGCAUUUGGUAAAAGAUUUGGGAGGCAAAGGUAAAGUAGUAGCCACAUUUAUUUUGUGCUUUAUGCUUAGAAAGGCGCUGCUGUGGCUCAUGAACAUUUUUGCUUCUAUCCUGGCUUACCUUGUUGGUGUGGGGCAGCAUCUGGGCCCACACCUGCUCCAGUUCUCCCUCAUAUCUUCCUUCUUCACUGGCUCCAUAAAAAAGAAUACCAGUUUUAUGUUAAGGGCAUUGAUGUCAUUGAAAUAGGAGGUUGGAGGCAGUGAAAGAUCAACAUGGGUCCCAGACAGUCCUUGUGAGCUCCAGACAUUCCUCAUGCAUUCCUUUUCCCCUUGCUUCCUCUACUUUGCAUCACCUCUUCCCGACUACCCUGCUGACCUUGGGUUUCAGCAUCUGAUGCAAAGACAGAAGCCUUGCUGAGACUGAUUAACUGGCUUUCACAUUUUAAUAAGGCAUGGACCCUAUUAUAAGUCCCUGUUUAUAUGUGUAUCACCCCCUAAAUGUGUAUCAUCUAUUUGUUCAAUUGGAGUGUUUGUUUCUCUUCAGGAACCCUGACUGAUGCAACCUCCCCCAUAUGCUUGGGACUGAGUAAACCCCUGGUUACUUAGACUUGGACCUUUGCCAUCAGAAGGAAUUAUAGGUCCCUAAAGGGAGAAGUUGAACUUCACACACACACGCACACAUUCUUAUAUUCUCAGUGUGAGCUGAGCUAGGGUCCACUGACCCAGAAGUGGCCCAGUCCUGGGAGCAGGAAAGAAAGGGAAGGGUGAAGUGGUAUGAACUCCAUUGUUCCUCAGUGCUGGGGGGCUGGGAAACACCAUCUCCUUCUCCUGGCCUUAUCCAGGCUCCAGGAAGGAGAGCAGAUUGAGUCUCAGGCCUGUGACUUCCUGUCCACACUGCCGAUCCCUGGGUUUGAGGGUAGCGAAGAGAUCUGGGGAAAGAAGGGGACAGAAUCGGGAAAAGAUGUUGAUCAAGAAAGAUGACAACCAGGGGUGAGGGCUGAAAGUGAAUUAAAGAUAAGAACACCAUUUAAAAAGUAGAGAGGAGGGAAACAAAACCAAAAUCCAUCCCAAAUCCAAACCUGCUUUGAAGAAAAGAAGAUCCUCCGGUCUCAUAGAGACAUUAUUUGGAAAGGCUUGCUUUCCUGCAGGAGUGCUCAGGCCUCAGUGUGACCCUACAGAUGGAGGACGCAGCCUCUCCAGCUCGUCCUAGUCCUGGCUGGGGGCAACUUCCUCUUUGUCAUCCUCCUUGCCUUCCUCUCUCCCUCGCUCUCCGUCUCUCUCUCGCUGUCUCCCUCUCAAUGAAGCUCAUGUGGUAGAGGUAUAUUUUGUUUUAUUGCACUUCAUUUAAUACGUUUUGCAAUUAUUGUGCUUUAGAAAUACUGCUUUUUUUUUUUUAAACAAAUUGAAGGUUUGUGGCAACUCUGCAAUAACCAAGUCUACCAGCACCAUUUUUCCAACAGCAUGUGGUCACUUCAUGUCUCCAUGCCACAUUUUGGUAAUUCUUGCCAUAGUUCAAAUUUCCAUUAUAAUUUUAUCUGUUAUGGUGAUUUGUGAUUGAUGAUCUUUUCUUUUUUCUUAGACAGCCUUGUUCUGUUACCCAGGCCAGAGUGCAGUAGGGCAAUCAUAGCUCGCUGCAGCCUCCUGGGUUCAAGGGAUCUUCCCACCCCAGCCUCCAGUUAUGAGGGACCACAUGCCUGAGCCACUGCACCCGGCUAGCCUAUUUUUGGUAAAAUUUUGUUAGAGGUGGUGCCUUGCUGUGUUGCUCAGGCCGAUCUGGAACUCCUGGCCUCAAGUGAUCCUCCUGAGCGGCUAGGAUUACAGGCAAGAGGUGACUGGUGAUUACAAGCAAGAGGUGAUCGGUCGUCUUUCAUGUUACCGUAGUAAUUGUUUUGGCACACUGUGAACUGUGUCCAGUAUAAGACGAUGAACUUAUUCGAUGUUGUAUGAUUUUUCGGUGCCCCACCCACCAGCCAUUCCUGUGUCUGCCUCCCUCUCUUCUGGCCUCCCUAUCCCCUAAGACACAAGAAUAUGGAAAUUAGGCCAAUCAAUAACCCAACAGUGGCCUCCAUCUGUUCAAGUGAAGAGUCACAUGUUUCUCACUUUAAAUCAAAAGCUAGAAAUGAUUAAGCUUAGUGAGGAAAACAUGUAAAAAGCUGAGAUAGGCCAAAGCUAGGCAUCUUGUGACAAAUAGUCGACUAAGUUGUCAAUGAAAAGGAAAAGUUCCUGAAGGAAAUUGAAAGUACUACUGCAGUGAGCACAUAAAUGAUAAGAAACUGAAACAGCCUUGUUGCUGAUAUGCAGAAAGUUUGAGUGGUGUGCAUAGAAGAUCAAAGGGACCGCAACAUUCCCUUAAGCCAAAACCUAAUCCAAAGUCAGGCCUUAACUUUCUCCAGUUCUGUGAAGGCUGAGAGAGGGGAGCAAGCUGCAGAAGAAAAUUAUUA